ACGUCCAAACCAAAUGUUCUCGGCAGUAAACAAGUGAACGGCGCGCCUCUAGCGUUGCGUACCUUCAUAAUUGUCAAAUUCAAAUGUCAGUUCAGGCAGAGGUGUGCACUGACUGGUAGCGGUAAUAUUGUGACAGGAUUUUAAAUUAAUGCAAUAAUGAAUUCUGAUGCGCACCGUAGAAACGUUGGAAAAGUGUCGUCGGAAACUGGUAAAAAAUAUGAAGUUCAAUCUGACGAAGAAAUCAAAGAGAAACCAAUCAAGUAUGGACCCAUCCCGUCGUUCCCAUAUCAAAGGGUUUGGGCGAGAGCCGUCCUCAUUCUUGGAGCCAUCGUUGUGGUGUACUGGACCAGCCAGGGCGGGGAUGUUGUGCUAGCCAGGCAAAAGGAUUUCCUAGAGCAGCGAGCUCAGGAGGUGCCCUGCUCCGAGGAGUACAAGAAGGAAAUUGAGAAGUUCCCAGAUUGUGUUCCGGAGAGGUGUGGCCGCAUGGUGACGGACAAGCUGGUGUCGACCCACGAGGUCGGCAUCCUACUGAGGAUCGCAGAACAAGGGAUCGGUCUCGGUGGGUCGGAAGGUGGCGCCUCCAUUCUUGACCUCCACUCGGGGGCUCUGUCCCAGGGGAAGAACUUUGUAAACAUCUACAAGCUGGACACCGUCAAGGACCUGUUCAAGCCUGCAGAUUUCCUAACCUACAGGAUCUUGAAGCUGAAGCUGCAGCACAAAGUGGCCCAGCACUUCGGGCUGAAGGCCAGUGCGCUGCACCUCACACACCCCACUUUCUUCUCCCGCCUGACCUCGGCACCCGCACAGACUGUGCAUGACGAGUACUGGCACCCACAUGUUGACAAGGAGACAUACGAGUCGUUCCACUACACAUGUCUGGUGUACCUGAGCGACUUUGGCCAUGACUUCAAGGGUGGUCGCUUCGUGUACAUGGACACUGACAGGAACACCACCGUGGAGCCGCGCAGGGGUCGAGUGUCCAUGUUCACGUCUGGGUGGGAGAACCGUCACUUGGUUGAGCAGGUGACGGAGGGCACACGCUAUGCCAUCACCGUCUCCUUCACGUGCGACAAGAGCCGUGCCAUAGCCGACCCUGCUCUGCCUGGCAAGAAGUAGCCUGUGGUGCGAGAAUGUGGGAAAACUACCAGUACAAAUUGAUUUUCAUUUUGUGCAAAAAAUUUUUAAUAAUUUAUGUAUAUAUAUAUUUAUUACCAAAAACAUGUGUUCGUUUAGAGUUUAUUUGUGACUUAAUUCAAUAUUUUUUUAUGUUGAUUUCUUAGGAGAAUCUGUAGCGCAUGUUCCUUCGGUUUGCCCCAAAUUUAUUUAUGUAGUGUUAAGUUACAACUGAAUUUUUGUGCUGUAUUUUAAAGCUGUUACAAAUUUUUUUGUGUUAAUGUGUUGCAAUUUACACCUCCUGUGUUUACAGUUGCUUGAGCGAUAGUCAGCAAAUUACACAUCUGCAUAUGUAUCCUGUUACAAAAAAAGUUAAUGGUGGUCCAAUAUGAAGACAGUGAUAUAUAACGCCAUAAAUUUAGUAUCUAGGUAUUUUCUCUCAUUGCAAUUUCAUACUAAAAAUAACUUUCACAGUUUCAGAAAGUAUGAAAACCCAAAGUUUGUUUCUUUGAUCAAUUUUUUUUUCUUAAAUAAUUGCGUGUCCUAUCUACAUCAUUUAUUCCCUGCUUUUUUAAUCACCAUUUGAUUCAAUCUCUGAAGGAUUUUAAAUGUUGAGUAAAGUUUUUGUGGAAUUCAAAUGCUUUUAACAUGAUAUAUGUAAAGAGUGUUCAAUUUCUUUUGUCACUAUUGAAUGUUUAUUAAUGUCCUGAAAUAUUGUUGGCUUUGUUUGUAAUAUGAUGAUAAAAAACACAAUUGUUUGAUCCACACGUUUUGAUGCUAGGGCACUAGGCCCUUAGGUUCUUCCUGCUACGCGGCUUCUUGUCAUAUGGAAAUGCCUACAUCUAUACAUGCAUGCAUACAUGUAUACAUGCAGGCAACAUUCUAAAGGUCUGUUUUUUAUGAUGAGGGUGCACAUUUUAAAAAUUGUGUUUUAUAUCAUAUUCUAUAAAUAUUUUACAAAUGUUAUACAAUUUAGAUGAUUUACCUGUUGUCAAUAUUAUGUUUUUUAUUAAUUAUCUUGUUACUUAUAAAGAGUGUUUUGUUCAACAAUGAAGUUGGUGAAACACGAGAUACAUAUCACAUAUUUUUGUGUUUGAUAGAUUUUGCAACAUUUUGGGCGUGAACAUGCACAAUGUUUGCCAGUGUGUUGCACGAGUGAGAAGCAACAGUGUUAUUGUUGCUGUUGCUAUUGCUAUUGUUGACUUGUAGCUGUGCAGUCUGUAGUUUGUCUUGAACUGUGUGGUAUGGAUAGAGUCUGCUCGAACCUGGGUGCAUUCCCAUUUCCGCUGAUAGUGCCGGGCAGUACCAGUUUCCUCCUGCGCUGUCUGCAUCACCAAAACUGCAUUUUUUAUGACUAUUGAGACCACCUGGCUUCUCGUGCUGCAGUAGCUGCAACAACUGCAGCAGGAAGCAUAGACUCUCACCCAGAAACCGAGAGUCUAAUUUCUCAAGCCUCUGGUAAUGAAGGAAUGCUCAUUGGUGAACUUGGCUGCUGACAGUAGAAAAGGAAAUGCAGCUCUUGUCUGCAAUUGCUGACUUUUUCCCCCAUGUGUUCAUGCACAGUAGAACUGCUUCAGUAUUUGCCUCGUGCCUGUGGCCAGUCGCAACUUCAUAAAUAGUGAGAAGUCAUCAGCUCAGACAUUUUGCACACCACAGUAGAGCACUAGACUGAAAAUAAUCUCUCCGGUUCAGUACUUUAGCAGUUCCAUUCAGUACAGAUUGUAGCAUUUUCUGUUUAACUGGGUUUUGAAGAUGUACCUUUACCUCACGAAUUGCAAAUGAAGAUUAUAUUUCAGUUAUUAGGAUUAGUAUAGUAAUUUCUAUUAUCUAGACAAUGGAAAUAUCUGUUUUUAUGUCUUAUGACAAACUAUCCAACAUCAUUAUUUCCCUUUAAUGUUCAAGUCUCAAUACUCUAAUUAUAUUUCAGUUUGUGAAUUGUUUUCUAUAGCAGUUAUUUUCUAACUCAGAGCUGUAGAUCGCCAUGAGCAGACUGCACAGCAUGUGACUGAGUGUCCAGUUAGGUAUCGCACCUAGUUGUUGCACUUAGUCUUGUAGUGUGCGGAGAGAAAGACAAGUGAUAGAAAUAGUUGCCAGAUCUAAGGCAGUAAGGUCUGGCAAAUACUGGGUGGAGUAGUCCAUGAGCAAACUGUAUUUGAGGUGAGGUGAUUUGUAGGAGUAAAAUCAUUAGGCGUUGAUUGUUACUUGAUGAAAUUAAUGAUUGUAAUGUAUUAGUGCUGGAAGGUCCAGCCCGUGUAUGUCAUUCGUUGCAUUGUGAAGGGUUGCAUUUUGCCCAUGUGAUGUUUGGCAAUGUCGUCUUGUGCUUUUUCUAAAGUUGUAACAGACUGUGAGAAUGUUGAUAGUUUUAUGACACAUUCCAGAGUGGUCCACAAUGAGUGCUCAAGUUUAUUUGGAAAUAAAGUUUUGAGUAUUAA